AUGGAUCUGGCCGGGGUGUCCGCGCCCACAGUCACCGUGUUUGUCAGCAGCUCCCUCAACGGCUUCGGCUUGGAGAAGCGAUACAACCAGCGCCUCCCUCUAGCUGAGUUCAAGUGUAAGCGGGAGCUGGUCGUGGGGAGCCCGGCCUCCUGCACGGACCUGGAGCUGUACGCUGCCAAUGACCACUUCUGCAUGAAGUUGGACCAGGAACACGCACUCUUGGGCUUCUACCCCGUGGACGACAGCUGCAGGAUCCCCGUCAUUGACCAGAGUGGAGACCAUUUAGGCGAAUACGAGGAUCUGUCCCAGGUGGAGAAGUAGGAGAUCUCCCAGUCAGCCUAUAAAAGCAUACCUGACUCCGUACGCCCCUUCCUGAACUGCCCCAAGAUGGGUAGAUUCAAUGAGGAGGAGCAGAAGCAUCGGGAGGCUGAGGCUGCCCAGCGACUGGCGGAGGCCCAGGCCCAGGCCAUCGGGGUGGGGAGCUGCUGCCAGAUGCAGGCGGCGAGCCAGCCCACCAAGUGGGGCACUGUCAUGUAUGGGGAACUCACGGAUUUCAAGCCUGGCUACUGGGUCGGUAUUCGCUACGAUGAACCACUGGGGAAACGUGAUGGAAGUGUGACUGGAAAGCGAUACUUUGAGUGCCCGGACAAUUACUGCGCCUUUGUCAAACCGCACUCGGUGACCGUGGGUGACUUCCCAAAGGAGGAUUACGGACUGGAAGAUGAUGAGAUGUGGCUCCCCCCUGGUGGAGGUGGGGGUUUACACACUACUAGAGGGGGGUUGUCCCCUUGGACGCAGCCUCCCCUUCUUCCCACCCUCCGGCUUGGAUCCCUCCAGCCUUUUCCAUGUGUGUGGCAUAUUCCCUCUCCCCUUCCCUAUCUUGGGUUGUAUUUUUUAUCUUAUUUUCCCCUUGGCUCUUGUGAGGUUGUGAGGCAAGUGAAUUAA